UAUAUCUCUACAUGCUGCACUAGGCAGUUUGACUAACUUAGUUGAAUUGCACAUAACGUAUCAAUUGCGGUCAAUUGGAGUUGAAUAUCGUACGGAUCAAUUUCAAUUUACAAAUAAUGACGCAAAAAAUUUAGCCCGUGGCUUAGAAAAAUGUGCGCAGCUCAAGAUAUUAAGAAUAACAAGAAGUGAUAUGAAUUGCCAAAGGACUAAAUACAUACUUCGGGGGCUUUCUGAUAACUUAAGAUUAGAUACACUAGAUUUCAGCCAUUGCAAAAUAGGAGAUGAUGGUGCUUCGUCAAUAGGAAAAUUUAUUGCCAGGCGUGAUGCCCUUCGAACUCUCAUUUUGGCAGAUAAUGUGUUCGGUCCAACAGGUGUUGAAGGUAUUUCACACGCUCUUAAUCAUACUGCAUGUGGGGUUCGAACACUCGACUUGAGACUUAACACCAAACUUGGAUCUGAAGGAAUUGCACACGUAGCAGUAUCCAUAGCAAGAGGAUGCAAUCUAACUAGUUUAAACAUAUCAGGUUGUGGAAUUACGCCUGGUCCUUUACUGAAGCCACCAGCAGGAGUUUGGUCUACUACGAGCGCAGAAAAUCCUCCGACAUGUGGUGAUUUACUGGCCCGAGCUAUUGGUUUAGUGAAAACUCCAUUACGUUCACUUGAUAUAAGUGUAAAUGACAUCGGUUCUCCCAGCGAUAGUAUACUUUCGAAUGCUAUAUGCUUAAGUUACAUAGUAGACUUAAAUUUGAAAAGAUCUGGAAUGGGCUCGAUGGCUAAAGCUGUAGCAGAGUCUGCUGCUGCGGCCCAAAGACUAAGAAGAGAAGCUGAAAGAGGAAUUCGAUUUAGAAGAAGCGCAGGAAAACUCGUACAAGCCAGUAGAGUGGCUAAAGGAAUGAAUAUUGACACGGACCCGUUAUUAUUGGCUCAACAGCUGUCGGCUCGACCUUCAAUUGUGUCUGUUGCAUCAGAAGAAGGAAUGCACAGCAUUCAAACACAGCCUUUGCCUUCUGAUUUUGGAUUUAUACCAUCAUUGAAAAGCCCUUUGCCGUCAUCGAGAGACUCAUCCGUCACAGGUCCACCUACUUCGCGAAGAUCCAGUCAUCAUGCCAUAUUGGAACCAGUCAGAGAAGUACGGCGCACAGCACUUGUUCGGCGUGGGUCUGAUGGUUCGUUACUGCAACCACGGAGUGCAAACUCGCAAAGACACAUUAAAAUAUUUGUUUCUUAAUCUUGCAGUUGGUAUUGUAAUCACUCCUCAUGUCAUGUCUGUCGAUGGCAUUGAACGUAAAAUAAAAAUGUAUGUAUCUAAUAUGCUGCCUAUACAUUUUUGCAAAAUAAUCGUAUU